AUGCCCCAUUCUCCUUCUUUCCAUCACCCCACCCAAUUCUCCCGCUUUCCAUCACCCCGCCCCAUUCUCCCUCUUUUCACCACCCCGCCCCAUUCUCCCGCUUUCCACCACCCCGCUCCAUUCUCCCGCUUUCCAUCACCCCGCCCAAUUCUCCCUCUUUCCAUCACCCCUCCCCAUUCUCCCUCUUUCCAUCACGCCGCCACAUUCUCCCGCUUUCCAUCACCCCGCCUCAUUAUCCCUCUUUCCAUCACCCCGCCCCAUUCUCCCGCUUUCCAUCACACCGCCCCAUUCUCCCUCUAUCCACCACCCCGCCCUAUUCUCCCUCUUUCCAUCACCCCGCCCCAUUCUCCCGCUUUUCAUCACCCCGCCCCAUUCUCCCGCUUUCCAUCACCCCUCCCCAUUCUCCCGCAUUCCAUCACCCCGCCCCAUUCUCCCGCUUUCCAUCACCCCGCCCCAUUCUCCCUUUUUCCAUCACCCCGCCCUGUUCUCCCUCUUUCCAUCACCCCGCCCCAUUCUCUCGCUUUCCAUCACCCCGCCCCAUUCUCCCGCUUUCCAUCACCCCACCCCAUUCUCCCGCUUUCCAUCACCCUGCUCCAUUCUCCCGCUUUCCAUCACCCCGCCCAAUUCUCCCUCUUUCCAUCACCCCUCCCCAUUCUCCCUCUUUCCAUCACCCCGCCCCAUCCUCCCGCUUUCCAUCACCCCGCCCCAUUCUCCCGCUUUCUAUCACCCCGUCCCAUUGUCCCGCUUUCCAUCACCCCGCCCCAUUCUCCCGCUUUCCAUCACCCCGCCCCUUUCUCCCGCUUUCCAUCACCCCGCCCCAUUCUCCCGCUUUCCAUCACCCCGCCCCUUUCUCCCUCUUUCCAUCACCCCGCCCCAUUCUCCCGCUUUCCAUCACCCCGCCCCAUUCUCCCGCUUUCCAUCACCCCACCCCAUUCUCCCGUUUUCCAUCACCCCGCCCCAUUCUCCCCCUUUCCAUCACCCCGUCCCAUUCUCCCUCUUUCUAUCACCCCACCCCAUUCUCCCUCUUUCCAUCGCCCCGCCCCAUUCUUCCGCUUUUCAUCACCCCGCCCCAUUCUCCCUCUUUCCAUCACCCCGCCCAAUUCCCCCUCUUUCCAUCAGCCUGCCCCAUUCUCCCGCUUUCCAUCACCCCACCCCAUUCUCCCGUUUUCCAUCACCCCGCCCCAUUCUCCCGCUUUCCAUCACCCCGCCCCAUUCUCCCGCUAUCCAUCACCCUGCCCCAUUCUCCCGCUUUCCAUCACCCCGCCCCAUUCCCGCUUUCCAUCACCCCGCCCCAUUCUCCCGCUUUCUAUCACCCCGCCCUAUUCUCCCGCUUUCCAUCACCCUGCCCCAUUCUCUCGUUUUCCAUCACCCCGCCCCAUUCUCCCCCUUUCCAUCACCCCGCCCCAUUCUCCCUCUUUUCAUCACCCCGCCCCAUUCUCCCUCUUUCUAUCACCCCACCCCAUUCUCCCUCUUUCCAUCACCCCGUCCCAUUCUUCCGCUUUUCAUCACCCCGCCCCAUUCUCCCUCUUUCCAUCACCCCGCCCCAUUCCCCCUCUUUCCAUCAGCCUGCCCCAUUCUCCCGUUCUCCAUCACCCCGCCCUAUUCUCCCUAUUUCUAUCACCCCGCCCCAUUCUCCCGCUUUCCAUCACCCCGCCCCAUUCUCCCGCUAUCCAUCACCCCGCCCCAUUCUCCCGCUUUCCAUCACCCCGCCCCAUUCCCGCUUUCCAUCACCCCGCCCUAUUCUCCCGCUUUCCAUCACCCCGCCCCAUUCUCCCGCUUUCCAUCACCCCGCCCCAUUCUCCCGCUUUCCAUAACCCCGCCCCAUUCUCCCGCUUUCCAUCACCCUGCCCCAUUCUCCCGCUUUCCAUCACCCCAAGCCAUUCUCCCUCUUUCCAUCACCCCGCCCCAUUCUCCCGCUAUCCAUCACCCCGGCCCCAUUCUCCCGCUUUCCAUCACCCCGCCCCAUUCCCGCUUUCCAUCACCCCGCCCUAUUCUCCCGCUUUCCAUCACCCCGCCCCAUUCUCCCGCUUUCCAUCACCCCGCCCCAUUCUCCCGCUUUCCAUAACCCCGCCCCAUUCUCCCGCUUUCCAUCACCCCGCCCCAUUCUCCCGCUUUCCAUCACCCCGCCCCAUUGUCCCUCUUUCCAUCACCCCGCCCCAUUCUCCCUCUUUCCAUCACCCUGCCCCAUUCUCCCUCUUUCCAUCACCCCACCUCAUUCUCCCGCUUUCAAUCACCCCACCCCAUUCUCCCCCUUUCCAUCACCCCGCCCCAUCCUCCCGCUUUUCAUCACCCCGCCCCAUUCUCCCGCUUUCCAUCACCCCGCCCCAUUCUCCCGCUUUCCAUCACCCCGCCCCAUUCUCCUGCUUUCCAUCACCCCGCCCCAUUCUUCCGCUUUCCAUCACCCCGCCCCAUUCACCCCGCCCCAUUCUCCCUCUUUCCAUCAACCCGCCCCAUUCUUCCGCUUUUCAUCACCCUACCCCAUUCUCCCUCGUUCCAUCACCCCGCCCCAUUCCCCGUCUUUCCAUCAGCCUGCCCCAUUCUCCCGCUUUCCAUCACCCCACCACAUUCUCCCGUUUUCCAUCACCCCGCCCCACUCUCCCGCUUUCCAUCACCCCGCCCCAUUCUCCCGCUAUCCAUCACCCCGCCCCAUUCUCCCGCUUUUCAUCACCCCGCCCCAUUCUCUCUCUUUCCAUCACCCUGCCCCAUUCUUCCGCUUUUCAUCACCCUACCCCAUUCUCCCUCUUUCCAUCACCCUGCCCCAUUCCCCCUCUUUCCAUCAGCCCGCCCCAUUCUCCCGCUUUUCUUCACCCCGCCCCAUUCUUCCGCUUUUCAUCACCCCGCCCCAUUCUCCCGCUUUCCAUCACCCCGCCCCAUUCUCCCGCUUUCCAUGACCCCGCCCCAUUCUCCCGCUUUCCAUCACCCCGCCCCAUUCUCCCGCUUUCUAUCACUCCGCCCCAUUCUCCCGCUUUCCAUCACCCCGCCCCAUUCUCAAGCUUUCCAUCACCCCGCCCCAUUCUCCCGCUUUCCAUCACCCCGCCCCAUUCUCCCGCUUUCCAUCACCCCGCCCCAUUCUCCCGCUUUCCAUCACCCCGCCCCAUUCUCCCGCUUUCCAUCACCCCGCCCCAUUCUCCCGCUUUCCAUCACCCCGCCCCUUUCUCCCUCUUUCCAUCACCCCGCCCCAUUCUCCCGCUUUCCAUCACCCCGCCCCAUUCUCCCGCUUUCCAUCACCCCAACCCAUUCUCCCGUUUUCCAUCACCCCGCCCCAUUCUCCCCCUUUCCAUCACCCCGCCCCAUUCUCCCUCUUUUCAUCACCCUGCCCCAUUCUCCCUCUUUCUAUCACCCCACCCCAUUCUCCCUCUUUCCAUCGCCCCGCCCCAUUCUUCCGCUUUUCAUCACCCCGCCCCAUUCUCCCUCUUUCCAUCACCCCGCCCAAUUCCCCCUCUUUCCAUCAGCCUGCCCCAUUCUCCCGCUUUCCAUCACCCCACCCCAUUCUCCCGUUUUCCAUCACCCCGCCCCAUUCUCCCGCUUUCCAUCACCCCGCCCCAUUCUCCCGCUAUCCAUCACCCCGCCCCAUUCUCCCGCUUUCCAUCAACCCGCCCCAUUCCCGCUUUCCAUCACCCCGCCCCAUUCUCCCGCUUUCUAUCACCCCGCCCUAUUCUCCCGCUUUCCAUCACCCAACCCCAUAUUCCCGUUUUCCAUCACCCCGCCCCAUUCUCCCCCUUUCCAUCACCCCGCCACAUUCUCCCUCUUUUCAUCACCCCGCCCCAUUCUCCCUCUUUCUAUCACCCCACCCCAUUCUCUCUCUUUCCAUCACGCCGUCCCAUUCUUCCGCUUUUCAUCACCCCGCCCCAUUCUCCCUCUUUCCAUCACCCCGCCCCAUUCCCCCUCUUUCCAUCAGCCUGCCCCAUUCUCCCGCUCUCCAUCACCCCGCCCUAUUCUCCCUAUUUCUAUCACCCCGCCCCAUUCUCCCGCUUUCCAUCACCCCGCCCCAUUCUCCCGCUAUCCAUCACCUCGCCCCAUUCUCCCGCUUUCCAUCACCCCGCCCCAUUCCCACUUUCCAUCACCCCGCCCUAUUCUCCCGCUUUCCAUCACCCCGCCCCAUUCUCCCGCUUUCCAUCACCCCGCCCCAUUCUCCCGCUUUCCAUCACCCCGCCCCAUUCUCCCGCUUUCCAUCACCCUGCCCCAUUCUCCCGCUUUCCAUCACCCCAAGCCAUUCUCCCUCUUUCCAUCACCCCGCCUCAUUCUCCCUCUUUCCAUCACCCCGCCCCAUUCUCCCGCUUUCCAUCACCCCGCCCCAUUGUCCCGCUUUCCAUCACCCCGCCCCAUUCUCCCUCUUUCCAUCACCCUGCCCCAUUCUCCCUCUUUCCAUCACCCCACCCCAUUCUCCCGCUUUCAAUCACCCCACCCCAUUCUCCCCCUUUCCAUCACCCCGCCCCAUUCUCCCGCUUUCCAUCACCCCGCCCCGUUCUCUCGCUUUCCAUCAACCCGCCCCAUUCUCCCUCUUUCCAUCACCCCGCCCUAAUCUCCCUCUUUCCAUCACCCCGACCCAUUCUCCCGCUUUCCAUCACCCUGCCCAAUUCUCCCUCUUUCCAUCACCCCGCCCCAUUCUCCCGCUUUCCAUCACCCCGCCCCAUUCUCCCGCUUUCCAUCACCCCGCCCCAUUCUCCCGCUUUCCAUCACCCCGCCCCAUUCUCCCGCUUUCCAUCACCCUGCCCCAUUCUCCCGCUUUCCAUCACCCCAAGCCAUUCUCCCUCUUUCCAUCACCCCGCCUCAUUCUCCCGCUUUCCAUCACCCCGCCCCAUUCUCCCGCUUUCCAUCACCCCGCCCCAUUGUCCCUCUUUCCAUCACCCCGCCCCAUUCUCCCUCUUUCCAUCACCCUGCCCCAUUCUCCCUCUUUCCAUCACCCCACCCCAUUCUCCCGCUUUCAAUCACCCCACCCCAUUCUCCCCCUUUCCAUCACCCCGCCCCAUUCUCCCGCUUUCCAUCACCCCGCCCCAUUCUCUCGCUUUCCAUCAACCCGCCCCAUUCUCCCUCUUUCCAUCACCCCGCCCUAAUCUCCCUCUUUUCCAUCACCCCGACCCAUUCUCCCGCUUUCCAUCACCCUGCCCAAUUCUCCCUCUUUCCAUCACCCCGCCCCAUUCUCCCGCUUUCCAUCACCCCCCAUUCUCCCUCUUUCCAUCACCCCGCCCCAUUCUCCCGCUAUCCAUCACCCCGCCCCAUUCUCCCGCUUUCCAUCACCCCGCCCCAUUCCCGCUUUCCAUCACCCCGCCCUAUUCUCCCGCUUUCCAUCACCCCGCCCCAUUCUCCCGCUUUCCAUCACCCCGCCCCAUUCUCCCGCUUUCCAUAACCCCGCCCCAUUCUCCCGCUUUCCAUCACCCCGCCCCAUUCUCCCGCUUUCCAUCACCCCGCCCCAUUGUUCCUCUUUCCAUCACCCCGCCCCAUUCUCCCUCUUUCCAUCACCCUGCCCCAUUCUCCCUCUUUCCAUCACCCCACCCCAUUCUCCCGCUUUCAAUCACCCCACCCCAUUCUCCCCCUUUCCAUCACCCCGCCCCAUCCUCCCGCUUUUCAUCACCCCGCCCCAUUCUCCCGCUUUCCAUCACCCCGCCCCAUUCUCCCGCUUUCCAUCACCCCGCCCCAUUCUCCUGCUUUCCAUCACCCCGCCCCAUUCUUCCGCUUUCCAUCACCCCGCCCCAUUCACCCCGCCCCAUUCUCCCUCUUUCCAUCAACCCGCCCCAUUCUUCCGCUUUUCAUCACCCUACCCCAUUCUCCCUCUUUCCAUCACCCCGCCCCAUUCCCCCUCUUUCCAUCAGCCUGCCCCAUUCUCCCGCUUUCCAUCACCCCACCCCAUUCUCCCGUUUUCCAUCACCCCGCCCCACUCUCCCGCUUUCCAUCACCCCGCCCCAUUCUCCCGCUAUCCAUCACCCCGCCCCAUUCUCCCGCUUUUCAUCACCCCGCCCCAUUCUCCCUCUUUCCAUCACCCUGCCCCAUUCUUCCGCUUUUCAUCACCCUACCCCAUUCUCCCUCUUUCCAUCACCCUGCCCCAUUCCCCCUCUUUCCAUCAGCCCGCCCCAUUCUCCCGCUUUUGUUCACCCCGCCCCAUUCUUCCGCUUUUCAUCACCCCGCCCCAUUCUCCCGCUUUCCAUCACCCCGCCCCAUUCUCCCGCUUUCCAUGACCCCGCCCCAUUCUCCCGCUUUCCAUCACCCCGCCCCAUUCUCCCGCUUUCUAUCACUCCGCCCCAUUCUCCCGCUUUCCAUCACCCCGCCCCAUUCUCAAGCUUUCCAUCACCCCGCCCCAUUCUCCCGCUUUCCAUCACCCCGCCCCAUUCUCCCGCUUUCCAUCACCCCGCCCCAUUCUCCCGCUUUCCAUCACCCCGCCCCAUUCUCCCGCUUUCCAUCACUCCGCCCCAUUCUCCCGCUUUCCAUCACCCCGCCCCUUUCUCCCUCUUUCCAUCACCCCGCCCCAUUCUCCCGCUUUCCAUCACCCCGCCCCAUUCUCCCGCUUUCCAUCACCCCACCCCAUUCUCCCUUUUUCCAUCACCCCGCCCCAUAUUCCCCCUUUCCAUCACCCCGCCCCAUUCUCCCUCUUUUCAUCACCCCGCCCCAUUCUCCCUCUUUCUAUCACCCCACCCCAUUCUCCCUCUUUCCAUCACCCCGCCCCAUUCUUCCGCUUUUCAUCACCCCGCCCCAUUCUCCCUCUUUCCAUCACCCCGCCCAAUUCCCCCUCUUUCCAUCAGCCUGCCCCAUUCUCCCGCUUUCCAUCACCCCACCCCAUUCUCCCGUUUUCCAUCACCCCGCCCCAUUCUCCCGCUUUCCAUCACCCCGCCCCAUUCUCCCGCUAUCCAUCACCCCGCCCCAUUCUCCCGCUUUCCAUCACCCCGCCCCAUUCCCGCUUUCCAUCACCCCGCCCCAUUCUCCCGCUUUCUAUCACCCCGCCCUAUUCUCCCGCUUUCCAUCACCCAACCCCAUAUUCCCGUUUUCCAUCACCCCGCCCCAUUCUCCCCCUUUCCAUCACCCCGCCCCAUUCUCCCUCUUUUCAUCACCCCGCCCCAUUCUCCCUCUUUCUAUCACCCCACCCCAUUCUCUCUCUUUCCAUCACGCCGUCCCAUUCUUCCGCUUUUCAUCACCCCGCCCCAUUCUCCCUCUUUCCAUCACCCCGCCCCAUUCCCCCUCUUUCCAUCAGCCUGCCCCAUUCUCCCGCUCUCCAUCACCCCGCCCUAUUCUCCCUAUUUCUAUCACCCCGCCCCAUUCUCCCGCUUUCCAUCACCCCGCCCCAUUCUCCCGCUAUCCAUCACCCCGCCCCAUUCUCCCGCUUUCCAUCACCCCGCCCCAUUCCCGCUUUCCAUCACCCCGCCCUAUUCUCCCGCUUUCCAUCACCCCGCCCCAUUCUCCCGCUUUCCAUCACCCCGCCCCAUUCUCCCGCUUUCCAUCACCCCGCCCCAUUCUCCCGCUUUCCAUCACCGUGCCCCAUUCUCCCGCUUUCCAUCACCCCAAGCCAUUCUCCCUCUUUCCAUCACCCCGCCUCAUUCUCCCGCUUUCCAUCACCCCGCCCCAUUCUCCCGCUUUCCAUCACCCCGCCCCAUUGUCCCUCUUUCCAUCACCCCGCCCCAUUCUCCCUCUUUCCAUCACCCUGCCCCAUUCUCCCUCUUUCCAUCACCCCACCCCAUUCUCCCGCUUUCCAUCACCCCUCCCCAUUCUCCCUCCUUCCAUCACCCCGCCCCAUUCUCCCGCUUUCCAUCACCUCGCCCCAUUCUCUCGCUUUCCAUCAACCCGCCCCAUUCUCCCUCUUUCCAUCACCCCACCCUAAUCUCCCUCUUUCCAUCACCCCGACCCAUUCUCCCGCUUUCCAUCACCCUGCCCAAUUCUCCCUCUUUCCAUCACCCCGCCCCAUUCUCCCGCUUUCCAUCACCCCGUCCCAUUCUCCCUCUUUCCAUCACCCCGCCCCAUUCUCCCUCUUUCUAUUCCCCCGCCCCAUUCUCCCGCUUUCCAUCACCCCGCCCCGUUCUCCCGCUUUCCAUCACCCCGCCCCAUUCUCCCGCUUUCCAUCACCCCGCCCCAUUCUCCCGCUUUCCAUCACCCCGCCCCAUUCUCCCGCUUUCCAUCACCCCGCCCCAUUCUCCCGCUUUCCAUCACCCCGCCCCAUUCUCCUGCUUUCCAUCACCCCGCCCCAUUCUCCCGCUUUCCAUCACCCCGCCCCAUUCUCCCGCUUUCCAUCACCCCGCCCCAUUCUCCCUCUUUCCAUCACCCCGCUCCAUUCUCCCGCUUUCCAUCACCCCGCCCAAUUCUCCCUCUUUCCAUCACCCCUCCCCAUUCUCCCUCUUUCCAUCACCCCGCCCCAUUCUCCCGCUUUCCAUCACCCCGCCCCAUUCUCCCUCUUUCCAUCACCCGGCCCCAUUCUCCCUCUUUCCAUCACCCCGCCCCAUUCUCCCGCUUUCCAUCACCCUGCCCCAUUCUCCCGCUUUCCAUCACCUUGUCCCAUUCUCCCUCUUUCCAUCACCCCGCCCCAUUCGCCCGCUUUCCAUCACCCCGCCCCAUUCUUCCUCUUUCCAUCUCCCCGCCCCAUUCUCCCUCUUUCCAUCAACCCGCCCCAUUCUCCCGAUUUCCUUCACCCCGCCCCAUUCUCCCUCUUUCCAUCACCCCGCCCCAUUCUCCCGAUUUUCGUCACCCCGCCCCAUUCUCCCUCUUUCCAUCACCCCGCCCCAUUCUUCCUCUUUCCAUCAUCCCGCCCCAUUCUCCCUCUUUCCAUCACCCCGACCCAUUCUUCCUCUUUCCAUCACCCCGCCCCAUUCUCCCUCUUUCCAUCACCCCGCCCCAUUCUCCCGAUUUCCGUCACCUCGCCCCAUUCUCCCUCUUUCCAUCACCCCGCCCCAUUCUCCCGAUUUCCAUCAUCCUGCCCCAUUCUCCCUCUUUCCAUCACCCCGCCCCAUUCUCCCUCUUUCCAUCACCCCGACCCAUUCUCCCGCUUUCCAUCACCCCGCCCCAUUCUCCCUCUUUCCAUCACCCCACCCCAUUCUCCCGCUUUCCAUCACCCCGCCCCAUUCUCCCUCUUUCCAUCACCCCGCCCCGUUCUCCCGCUUUUCAUCACCCCGCCCCAUUCACCCGCUUUCCAUCACCCCGCCCCAUUCUCCCGCUUUCCAUCACCCCGCCCCAUUCUCCCGCUUUCCAUCACCCCGCCCCAUUCUACCUCUUUUCAUCACCCCGCCCCGUUCUCCCGCUUUCCAUCACCCCGCCCCAUUCUCCCGCUUUCCAUCACCCCGCCCCAUUCUCCCGCUUUCCAUCACCCCGCCCCAUUCUCCCUCUUUCCAUCACCCCGCCCCAUUCUCCCGCUUUCCAUCACCCCGCCCCAUUCUCACGCUUUCCAUCAGCCCGCCCCAAUCUCCCUCUUUCCAUCACCCCGCCCCAUUCUCCCUCCUUCCAUCACCCUGCCCCAUCCUCCCGCUUUCCAUCAGCCCGCCCCACUGUCCCGCUUUCCAUCACCCCUCCCCUUUCUCCCGCUUUCCAUCUCCCCGCCCCAUUCUCCCGCUUUCCAUCACCCCGCCCCAUUCUCCUGCUCUCCAUCACCCCGCCCCAUUCUUCCGCUUCCCAUCAUCCCGCCCCGUUCCCCCGCUUUCCAUCACCCCUCCCCAUUCUCCCUCCUUCCAUCACCCGCCCCAUUCUCUCGCUUUCCAUCACCCCGCCCCAUUCUCCCGCUUUCCUUCACCCCGACCCAUUCUCCCGCUUUCCAUCACCCCGCCCCAUUCUUCCUCCUUCCAUCACCCCGCCCCAUUCUCCCGCUUUCCAUCACCCCGCCCCAUUCUCCCUCCUUCCAUCACCCCGCCCCAUUCUCCCUCAUUCCAUCAUCCUGCCCCAUUCUCCCGCUUUCCAUCACCCCGCCCCAUUCUCCCGCUUCCCAUAACCCCUCCCCAUUCUCCCGCUUUCCAUCACCCCGCCACAUUUUCCCACUUUCCAUCACCCCGCCCCCUUCUCUCUCCUUCCAUCACCCCGCCCCAUUCUCCCUCCUUCCAUCAACCCACCCCAUUCUCCCGCUUUCCAUCAGCCCGCCCCAUUCUCCCGCUUUCCAUUACCCCGCCCCUUUCUCCCGCUUUCCAUCUCCCUGCCCCAUUCUCCCGCUUUCCAUCACCCCGCCCCAUUCUCCCGCUUUCCAUCACCCAGCCCCAUUCUCCCGCUUUCCAUCACCCCGCCCCAUUCUCCCGCUUUCCAUCACCCAGCCCCAUUCUCCCGCUUUCCAUCACCCCGCCCCAUUUUCCCGCUUUCCAUCACCCCGUCCCAUUCUCCCGCUUCCAUCACCCUGCCCCAAUCUCCCGCUUUCCAUCACCCCACCCCAUUCUCCCUCCUUCCAUCACCCCGCCCCAUUCUCCCGCUUUCCAUCACCACGCCCCAUUCUCCCGCUUUCCAUCACCCAGCCUCAUUCUGCCGCUUUCCAUCACCCUGCCCCAUUUUCCCGCUUUCCAUCACCCCGCCCCAUUCUCCCGCUUUCCAUCACCCCGCCCCAUUCUCCCUCCUUCCAUCUCCCCGCCCCAUUCUCCCGCUUUCCAUCACCCCGUCCCAUUCUCCCUCCUUCCAUCACCCCACCCCAUUCUCCCUCCUUCCAUCACCCCGCCCCAUUCUCCCUCAUUCCAUCAUCCUGCCCCAUUCUCCCGCUUUCCAUCACCCCGCCCCAUUCUCCCGCUUCCCAUAACCCCACCCCAUUCUCCCGCUUUCCAUCACCCCGCCACAUUUUCCCACUUUCCAUCACCCCGCCCCCUUCUCUCUCCUUCCAUCACCUCGCCCCAUUCUGCCUCCUUCCAUCAACCCGCCCCAUUCUCCCACUUUCCAUCAGCCCGCCCCAUUCUCCCGCUUUCCUUUACCCCGCCCCUUUCUCCCGCUUUCCAUCUCCCUGCCCCAUUCUCCCGCUUUCCAUCACCCCGCCCCUUUCUCCUGCUUUCCAUCACCCAGCCCCAUUCUCCCGCUUUCCAUCACCCCGCCCCAUUCUCCCGCUUUCCAUCACCCAGCCCCAUUCUCCCGCUUUCCAUCACCCCGCCCCAUUUUCCCGCUUUCCAUCACCCCGCCCCAUUCUCCCGCUUUCCAUCACCCUGCCCCAAUCUCCCGCUUUCCAUCACCCCACCCCAUUCUCCCUCCUUCCAUCACCCCGCCCCAUUCUCCCGCUUUCCAUCAACCCGCCCCAUUCUCCCGCUUUCCAUCACCCAGCCUCAUUCUCCCGCUUUCCAUCACCCCGCCCCAUUCUCCCGCUUUCCAUCACCCCGCCCCAUUCUCCUGCUUUCCAUCACCCCGCCCCAUUCUCCCUCCUUCCAUCACCCCGCCCCAUUCUCCGGCAUUCCAUCACCACGUCCCAUUCUCCCUCCUUCCAUCACCCCGCCCCAUUCUCCCUCCUUCCAUCACCCCGCCCCAUUCUCCCGCUUUCCAUCAGCCCGCCCCAUUCUCCCGCUUCCCAUAACCCCACCCCCUUCUCCCGCUUUCCAUCACCCCGCCACAUUCUCCCGCUUUUCUUCACCCCGCCCCAUUCUCCCUCCUUCCAUCACCCCGCCCCAUUCUCCCGCUUUCCAUCACCCCGCCCCAUUCUCCCACUUUCCAUCAUCCCGCCCCAUUCUCCCUCCUUCCAUCACCCCGCCCAAUUCUCCCGCUUUCCAUCACUCCGCCCCAUUCUCCCUCCUUCCAUCACCCCGCCCCAUUCUCCCCCCUUCCAUCACCCCGCCCCAUUCUCCCGCUUCCCAUAACCCCACCCUAUUCUCCCGCUUUCCAUCACCCCGCCAUAUUCUCCCACUUUCCAUCACCCCGCCCCCUUCUAUCUCCUUCCAUCACCCCACCCCAUUCUCCCGCUUUCCAUUAGCCCGCCCCAUUCUCCCUCCUUCCAUCACCCCGCCCCAUUCUCCGGCAUUCCAUCACCCCCCCCAUUCUCCCGCUUUCCAUCACCCCGCCCCAUUCUCCCGCUUUCCAUCACCCAGCCCCAUUCUCCCGCUUUCCAUCACCCCGCCCCAUUUUCCCGCUUUCCAUCACCCCGUCCCAUUCUCCCGCUUCCAUCACCCUGCCCCAAUCUCCCGCUUUCCAUCACCCCACCCCAUUCUCCCUCCUUCCAUCACCCCGCCCCAUUCUCCCGCUUUCCAUCACCCCGCCCCAUUCUCCCGCUUUCCAUCACCCAGCCUCAUUCUGCCGCUUUCCAUCACCCUGCCCCAUUCUCCCGCUUUCCAUCACCCCGCCCCAUUCUCCCGCUUUCCAUCACCCCGCCCCAUUCUCCCUCCUUCCAUCUCCCCGCCCCAUUCUCCCGCUUUCCAUCACCCCGUCCCAUUCUCCCUCCUUCCAUCACCCCACCCCAUUCUCCCUCCUUCCAUCACCCCGCCCCAUUCUCCCUCAUUCCAUUAUCCUGCCCCAUUCUCCCGCUUUCCAUCACCCCGCCCCAUUCUCCCUCAUUCCAUUAGCCCGCCCCAUUCUCCCGCUUCCCAUAACCCCACCCCCUUCUCCCGCUUUCCAUCACCCCGCCACAUUCUCCCGCUUUUCUUCACCCCGCCCCAUUCUCCCUCCUUCCAUCACCCCGCCCCAUUCUCCCGCUUUCCAUCACCCCGCCCCAUUCUCCCACUUUCCAUCAUCCCGCCCCAUUCUCCCUCCUUCCAUCACCCCGCCCAAUUCUCCCGCUUUCCAUCACUCCGCCCCAUUCUCCCUCCUUCCAUCACCCCGCCCCAUUCUCCCCCCUUCCAUCACCCAGCCUCAUUCUCCCGCUUUCCAUCACCCCGCCCCAUUCUCCCGCUUUCCAUCACCCCACCACAUUCUCCCACUUUCCAUCACCCCGCCCCCUUCUAUCUCCUUCCAUCACCCCACCCCAUUCUCCCGCUUUCCAUUAGCCCGCCCCAUUCUCCCGCUUUCCAUCACCCCUCCCAUUUCUCCCACUUUCCAUCUCCCCGCCCCAUUCUCCCGCUUUCCAUCACCCCGACCCAUUCUCCCGCUUUCCAUCACCCCGGCCCAUUCUUCCGCUUCCUUUCAUCCCGCCCCAUUCCCCCGCUUUCCAUCACACCUCCCCAUUCUCCCUCCUUCCAUCACCCCGCUCCAUUCUCUCGCUUUCCAUCACCCCGCCCCAUUCUCCCGCUUUCCAUCACCCCGCCCCAUUCUCCCGCUUUCCAUCACCCCGCCCCAUUUUCCCGCUUUCCAUCACCCCGUCCCAUUCUCCCGCUUCCAUCACCCUGCCCCAAUCUCCCGCUUUCCAUCACCCCACCCCAUUCUCCCUCCUUCCAUCACCCCGCCCCAUUCUCCCGCUUUCCAUCACCCCGCCUCAUUCUCCCGCUUCCCAUAUCCCCACCCCAUUCUCCCGCUUUCCAUCACCCCGCCACAUUCUCCCACUUUCUAUCACCCCGCCCCCUUCUCUCUCCUUCCAUCACCCCGCCCCAUUCUCCCUCCUUCCAUCACCCUGCCCUAUCCUCCCGCUUUCCAUCAGCCCGCUCCAUUGUCCCGCUUUCCAUCACCCCUCCCCUUUCUCCCGCUUUCCAUCUCCCCGGCCCAUUCUCCCGCUUUCCAUCACCCCGCCCCAUUCUCCUGCUUUCCAUCACCCCGCCCCAUUCUUCCGCUUCCCAUCAUCCCGCCCCGUUCCCCCGCUUUCCAUCACCCCUCCCCAUUCUCCCUCCUUCCAUCACCCGCCCCAUUCUCUCGCUUUCCAUCACCCCGCCCCAUUCUCCCGCUUUCCAUCACCCCGACCCAUUCUCCCGCUUUCCAUCACCCCGCCCCAUUCUUCCUCCUUCCAUCACCCCGCCCCAUUCUCCCGCUUUCCAUCACCCCGCCCCAUUCUCCCUCCUUCCAUCACCCCGCCCCAUUCUCCCGCUUCCCAUAACCCCACCCCAUUCUCCCGCUUUCCAUCACCCCGCCACAUUUUCCCACUUUCCAUCACCCCGCCCCCUUCUCUCUCCUUCCAUCACCCCGCCCCAUUCUCCCUCCUUCCAUCAACCCGCCCCAUUCUCCCGCUUUCCAUCAGCCCGCCCCAUUCUCCCGCUUUCCAUUACCCCACCCCUUUCUCCCGCUUUCCAUCUCCCUGCCCCAUUCUCCCGCUUUCCAUCACCCCGCCCCAUUCUCCCGCUUUCCAUCACCCAGCCCCAUUCUCCCGCUUUCCAUCACCCCGCCCCAUUCUCCCGCUUUCCAUCACCCAGCCCCAAUCUCCCGCUUUCCAUCAUCCCGCCCCAUUUUCCCGCUUUCCAUCACCCCGUCCCAUUCUCCCGCUUCCAUCACCCUGCCCCAAUCUCCCGCUUUCCAUCACCCCACCCCAUUCUCCCGCCUUCCAUCACCCCGCCCCAUUCUCCCGCUUUCCAUCACCCCGCCCCAUUCUCCCGCUUUCCAUCACCCAGCCUCAUUCUCCCGCUUUCCAUCACCCUGCCCCAUUCUCCCGCUUUCCAUCACCCCGCCCCAUUCUCCCGCUUUCCAUCACCCCGCCCCAUUCUCCCUCCUUCCAUCUCCCCGCCCCAUUCUCCCGCUUUCCAUCACCCCGUCCCAUUCUCCCUCCUUCCAUCACCCCGCCCCAUUCUCCCUCCUUCCAUCACCCCGCCCCAUUCUCCCUCAUUCCAUCACCCUGCCCCAUUCUCCCGCUUUCCAUCACCCCGCCCCAUUCUCCCGCUUCCCAUAACCCCACCCCAUUCUCCCGCUUUCCAUCACCCCACCACAUUUUCCCACUUUCCAUCACCCCGCCCCCUUCUCUCUCCUUCCGUCACCUCGCCCCAUUCUCCCUCCUUCCAUCAACCCGCCCCAUUCUCCCGCUUUCCAUCAGCCCGCCCCAUUCUCCCGCUUUCCAUUACCCCGCCCCUUUCUUCCGCUUUCCAUCUCCCUGCCCCAUUCUCCCGCUUUCCAUCACCCCGCCCCUUUCUCCUGCUUUCCAUCACCCAGCCCCAUUCUCCCGCUUUCCAUCACCCCGCCCCAUUCUCCCGCUUUCCAUCACCCAGCCCCAUUCUCCCGCUUUCCAUCACCCCGCCCCAUUUUCUUGCUUUCCAUCACCCCGCCCCAUUCUCCUGCUUUCCAUCACCCUGCCCCAAUCUCCCGCUUUCCAUCACCCCACCCCAUUCUCCCUCCUUCCAUCACCCCGCCCCAUUCUCCCGCUUUCCAUCAACCCGCCCCAUUCUCCCGCUUUCCAUCACCCAGCCUCAUUCUCCCGCUUUCCAUCACCCCGCCCCAUUCUCCCGCUUUCCAUCACCCCGCCCCAUUCUCCCGCUUUCCAUCACCCCGCCCCAUUCUCCCUCCAUCCAUCACCCCGCCCCAUUCUCCGGCAUUCCAUCACCCCGUCCCAUUCUCCCUCCUUCCAUCACCCCGCCCCAUUCUCCCUCCUUCCAUCACCCCGCCCCAUUCUCCCGCUUUCCAUCAGCCCGCCCCAUUCUCCCGCUUCCCAUAACCCCACCCCCUUCUCCCGCUUUCCAUCACCCCGCCACAUUCUCCCGCUUUCUAUCACCCCGCCCUAUUCUCCCUCCUUCCAUCACCCCGCCCCACUCUCCCGCUUUCCAUCACCCCGCCCCAUUCUCUCGCUUUCCAUCAUCCCGCCCCAUUCUCCCUCCUUCCAUCACCCCGCCAAAUUCUCCCGCUUUCCAUCACUCCGCCCCAUUCUCCCUCCUUCCAUCACCCCGCCCCAUUCUCCCCCCUUCCAUCACCCCGCCCCAUUCUCCCGCUUCCCAUAACCCCACCCUAUUCUCCCGCUUUCCAUCACCCCGCCACAUUCUCCCACUUUCCAUCACCCCGCCCCCUUCUCGCUCCUUCCAUCACCCCGCCCCAUUCUCCCGCUUUCCAUUAGCCCGCCCCAUUCUCCCGCUUUCCAUCACUCCUCCCAUUUCUCCCACUUUCCAUCUCUUCGCCCCAUUCUCCUGCUUUCCAUCACCCCGACCCAUUCUCCCGCUUUCCAUCACCCCGGCCCAUUCUUCCGCUUCCCAUCAUCCCGCCCCAUUCCCCCGCUUUCCAUCACCCCUCCCCAUUCUCCCUCCUUCCAUCACCCCGCUCCAUUCUCUCGCUUUCCAUCACCCCGCCCCAUUCUCCCGCUUUCCAUCACCCCGCCCCAUUUUCCCGCUUUCCAUCACCCCGUCCCAUUCUCCCGCUUCCAUCACCCUGCCCCAAUCUCCCGCUUUCCAUCACCCCACCCCAUUCUCCCUCCUUCCAUCACCCCGCCCCAUUCUCCCGCUUUCCAUCACCCCGCCACAUUCUCCCGCUUCCCAUAUCCCCACCCCAUUCUCCCGCUUUCCAUCACCCCGCCACAUUCUCCCACUUUCUAUCACCCCGCCCCCUUCUCUCUCCUUCCAUCACCCCGCCCCAUUCUCCCUCCUUCCAUCACCCUGCCCCAUUCUCCCGCUUUCCAUCAGCCCGCCCCAUUGUCCCGCUUUCCAUCACCCCUCCUCUUUCUCCCGCUUUCCAUCUCCCCGCCCCAUUCUCCCGCUUUCCAUCACCCCGCCCCAUUCUCGUGCUUUCCAUCACCCCGCCCCAUUCUUCCGCUUCCCAUCAUCCCGCCCCGUUCCCCCGCUUUCCAUCACCCCUCCCCAUUCUCCCUCCUUCCAUCACCCCGCCCCAUUCUCUCGCUUUCCAUCACCCCGCCCCAUUCUCCCGCUUUCCAUCACCCCGCCCCAUUCUCCCGCUUUCCAUCACUCCGCCCCAUUAUUUCUCCUUCCAUCACCCCGCCCCAUUCUCCCUCCUUCCAUCACCCCGCCCCAUUCUCCCGCUUUCCGUCACCCCGCUCCAUUCUCCCGCUUUCCAUCACCCCGCCCCAUUCUCCCGCUUUCCAUCACCCCGCCCCAUUUUCCCGCUUUCCAUCACCCCGUCCCAUUCUCCCGCUUCCAUCACCCUGCCCCAAUCUCCCGCUUUCCAUCACCCUACCCCAUUCUCCCUCCUUCCAUCACCCCGCCCCAUUCUCCCGCUUUCCAUCACCCCGCCUCAUUCUCCCGCUUCCCAUAUCCCCACCCCAUUCUCCCGCUUUCCAUCACACCGCCACAUUCUCCCACUUUCUAUCACCCCGCCCCCUUCUCUCUCCUUCCAUCACCCCGCCCCAUUCUCCCUCCUUCCAUCACCCUGCCCCAUCCUCCCGCUUUCCAUCAGCCCGCCCCAUUGUCCCGCUUUCCAUCACCCCUCCCCUUUCUCCCGCUUUCCAUCUCCCCGCCCCAUUCUCCCGCUUUCCAUCACCCCGCCCCAUUCUCCUGCUUUCCAUCACCCCGCCCCAUUCUUCCGCUUCCCAUCAUCCCGCCCCGUUCCCCCGCUUUCCAUCACCCCUCCCCAUUCUCCCUCCUUCCAUCACCCGCCCCAUUCUCUCGCUUUCCAUCACCCUGCCCCAUUCUCCCGCUUUCCAUCACCCCGACCCAUUCUCCCGCUUUCCAUCACCCCGCCCCAUUCUUCCUCCUUCCAUCACCCCGCCCCAUUCUCCCGCUUUCCAUCACCCCGCCCCAUUCUCCCUCCUUCCAUCACCCCGCCCCAUUCUCCCUCAUUCCAUCACCCUGCCCCAUUCUCCCGCUUUCCAUCACCCCGCCCCAUUCUCCCGCUUCCCAUAACCCCACCCCAUUCUCCCGCUUUCCAUCACCCCGCCACAUUUUCCCACUUUCCAUCACCCCGCCCCCUUCUCUCUCCUUCCAUCACCCCGCCCCAUUCUCCCUCCUUCCAUCAACCCGCCCCAUUCUCCCGCUUUCCAUCAGCCCGCCCCAUUCUCCCGCUUUCCAUUACCCCGCCCCUUUCUCCCGCUUUCCAUCUCCCUGCCCCAUUCUCCCACUUUCCAUCACCCCGCCCCAUUCUCCCGCUUUCCAUCACCCAGCCCCAUUCUCCCGCUUUCCAUCACCCCGCCCCAUUCUCCCGCUUUCCAUCACCCAGCCCCAUUCUCCCGCUUUCCAUCACCCCGCCCCAUUUUCCCGCUUUCCGUCACCCCGUCCCAUUCUCCCGCUUCUAUCACCCUGCCCCAAUCUCCCGCUUUCCAUCACCCCACCCCAUUCUCCCUCCUUCCAUCACCCCGCCCCAUUCUCCCGCUUUCCAUCACCCCGCCCCAUUCUCCCGCUUUCCACCACCCAGCCUCAUUCUCCCGCUUUCCAUCACCCUGCCCCAUUCUCCCGCUUUCCAUCACCCCGCCCCAUUCUCCCGCUUUCCAUCACCCCGCCCCAUUCUCCCUCCUUCCAUCUCCCCGCCCCAUUCUCCCGCUUUCCAUCACCCCGUCCCAUUCUCCCUCCUUCCAUCACCCCGCCCCAUUCUCCCUCCUUCCAUCACCCCGCCCCAUUCUCCCUCAUUCCAUCACCCUGCCCCAUUCUCCCGCUUUCUAUCACCCCGCCCCAUUCUCCCGCUUCCCAUAACCCCACCCCAUUCUCCCGCUUUCCAUCACCCCGCCACAUUUUCCCACUUUCCAUCACCCCGCCCCCUUCUCUCUCCUUCCGUCACCUCGCCCCAUUCUCCCUCCUUCCAUCAACCCGCCCCAUUCUCCCGCUUUCCAUCAGCCCGCCCCAUUCUCCCGCUUUCCAUUACCCCGCCCCUUUCUCCCGCUUUCCAUCUCCCUGCCCCAUUCUCCCGCUUUCCAUCUCCCCGCCCCUUUCUCCUGCUUUCCAUCACCCAGCCCCAUUCUCCCGCUUUCCAUCAACCCGCCCCAUUCUCCCGCUUUCCAUCACCCAGCCCCAUUCUCCCGCUUUCCAUCACCCCGCCCCAUUUUCUUGCUUUCCAUCACCUCGCCCCGUUCUCCCGCUUUCCAUCACCCUGCCCCAAUCUCCCGCUUUCCAUCACCCCACCCCAUUCUCCCUCCAUCCAUCACCCCGCCCCAUUCUCCCGCUUUCCAUCAACCCGCCCCAUUCUCCCGCCUUCCAUCACCCAGCCUCAUUCUCCCGCUUUCCAUCACCCCGCCCCAUUCUCCCGCUUUCCAUCACCCCGCCCCAUUCUCCCACUUUCCAUCACCCCGCCCCAUUCUCCCUCCUUCCAUCACCCCGCCCCAUUCUCCGGCAUUCCAUCACCCCCCCGCCCCAUUCUCCCGCUUUCCAUCACCCCUCCCAUUUCUCCCACUUUCCAACUCCCCGCCCCAUUCUCCCGCUUUCCAUCACCCCGACCCAUUCUCCCGCUUUCCAUCACCCCGGCCCAUUCUUCCGCUUCCCAUCAUCCCGCCCCAUUCCCCCGCUUUCCAUCACCCCUCCCCAUUCUCCCUCCUUCCAUCACCCCGCUCCAUUCUCUCGCUUUCCAUCACCCCGCCCCAUUCUCCCGCUUUCCAUCACCCCGCCCCAUUCUCCCGCUUUCCAUCACCCCAGCCCAUUCUUCCUCCUUCCAUCACCCCGCCCCAUUCUCCCGCUUUCCAUCACCCCGCCCCAUUCUCCCUCCUUCCAUCACCCCGCCCCAUUCUCCCGCUUUCCAUUAGCCCGCCCCAUUCUCCCGCUUUCCAUCACUCCUCCCAUUUCUCCCACUUUCCAUCUCUUCGCCCCAUUCUCCUGCUUUCCAUCACCCCGACCCAUUCUCCCGCUUUCCAUCACCCCGGCCCAUUCUUCCGCUUCCCAUCAUCCCGCCCCAUUCCCCCGCUUUCCAUCACCCCUCCCCAUUCUCCCUCCUUCCAUCACCCCGCUCCAUUCUCUCGCUUUCCAUCACCCCGCCCCAUUCUCCCGCUUUCCAUCACCCCGCCCCAUUUUCCCGCUUUCCAUCACCCCGUCCCAUUCUCCCGCUUCCAUCACCCUGCCCCAAUCUCCCGCUUUCCAUCACCCCACCCCAUUCUCCCUCCUUCCAUCACCCCGCCCCAUUCUCCCGCUUUCCAUCACCCCGCCACAUUCUCCCGCUUCCCAUAUCCCCACCCCAUUCUCCCGCUUUCCAUCACCCCGCCACAUUCUCCCACUUUCUAUCACCCCGCCCCCUUCUCUCUCCUUCCAUCACCCCGCCCCAUUCUCCCUCCUUCCAUCACCCUGCCCCAUUCUCCCGCUUUCCAUCAGCCCGCCCCAUUGUCCCGCUUUCCAUCACCCCUCCUCUUUCUCCCGCUUUCCAUCUCCCCGCCCCAUUCUCCCGCUUUCCAUCACCCCGCCCCAUUCUCGUGCUUUCCAUCACCCCGCCCCAUUCUUCCGCUUCCCAUCAUCCCGCCCCGUUCCCCCGCUUUCCAUCACCCCUCCCCAUUCUCCCUCCUUCCAUCACCCCGCCCCAUUCUCUCGCUUUCCAUCACCCCGCCCCAUUCUCCCGCUUUCCAUCACCCCGCCCCAUUCUCCCGCUUUCCAUCACUCCGCCCCAUUAUUUCUCCUUCCAUCACCCCGCCCCAUUCUCCCUCCUUCCAUCACCCCGCCCCAUUCUCCCGCUUUCCGUCACCCCGCUCCAUUCUCCCGCUUUCCAUCACCCCGCCCCAUUCUCCCGCUUUCCAUCACCCCGCCCCAUUUUCCCGCUUUCCAUCACCCCGUCCCAUUCUCCCGCUUCCAUCACCCUGCCCCAAUCUCCCGCUUUCCAUCACCCUACCCCAUUCUCCCUCCUUCCAUCACCCCGCCCCAUUCUCCCGCUUUCCAUCACCCCGCCUCAUUCUCCCGCUUCCCAUAUCCCCACCCCAUUCUCCCGCUUUCCAUCACACCGCCACAUUCUCCCACUUUCUAUCACCCCGCCCCCUUCUCUCUCCUUCCAUCACCCCGCCCCAUUCUCCCUCCUUCCAUCACCCUGCCCCAUCCUCCCGCUUUCCAUCAGCCCGCCCCAUUGUCCCGCUUUCCAUCACCCCUCCCCUUUCUCCCGCUUUCCAUCUCCCCGCCCCAUUCUCCCGCUUUCCAUCACCCCGCCCCAUUCUCCUGCUUUCCAUCACCCCGCCCCAUUCUUCCGCUUCCCAUCAUCCCGCCCCGUUCCCCCGCUUUCCAUCACCCCUCCCCAUUCUCCCUCCUUCCAUCACCCGCCCCAUUCUCUCGCUUUCCAUCACCCUGCCCCAUUCUCCCGCUUUCCAUCACCCCGACCCAUUCUCCCGCUUUCCAUCACCCCGCCCCAUUCUUCCUCCUUCCAUCACCCCGCCCCAUUCUCCCGCUUUCCAUCACCCCGCCCCAUUCUCCCUCCUUCCAUCACCCCGCCCCAUUCUCCCUCAUUCCAUCACCCUGCCCCAUUCUCCCGCUUUCCAUCACCCCGCCCCAUUCUCCCGCUUCCCAUAACCCCACCCCAUUCUCCCGCUUUCCAUCACCCCGCCACAUUUUCCCACUUUCCAUCACCCCGCCCCCUUCUCUCUCCUUCCAUCACCCCGCCCCAUUCUCCCUCCUUCCAUCAACCCGCCCCAUUCUCCCGCUUUCCAUCAGCCCGCCCCAUUCUCCCGCUUUCCAUUACCCCGCCCCUUUCUCCCGCUUUCCAUCUCCCUGCCCCAUUCUCCCACUUUCCAUCACCCCGCCCCAUUCUCCCGCUUUCCAUCACCCAGCCCCAUUCUCCCGCUUUCCAUCACCCCGCCCCAUUCUCCCGCUUUCCAUCACCCAGCCCCAUUCUCCCGCUUUCCAUCACCCCGCCCCAUUUUCCCGCUUUCCGUCACCCCGUCCCAUUCUCCCGCUUCUAUCACCCUGCCCCAAUCUCCCGCUUUCCAUCACCCCACCCCAUUCUCCCUCCUUCCAUCACCCCGCCCCAUUCUCCCGCUUUCCAUCACCCCGCCCCAUUCUCCCGCUUUCCACCACCCAGCCUCAUUCUCCCGCUUUCCAUCACCCUGCCCCAUUCUCCCGCUUUCCAUCACCCCGCCCCAUUCUCCCGCUUUCCAUCACCCCGCCCCAUUCUCCCUCCUUCCAUCUCCCCGCCCCAUUCUCCCGCUUUCCAUCACCCCGUCCCAUUCUCCCUCCUUCCAUCACCCCGCCCCAUUCUCCCUCCUUCCAUCACCCCGCCCCAUUCUCCCUCAUUCCAUCACCCUGCCCCAUUCUCCCGCUUUCUAUCACCCCGCCCCAUUCUCCCGCUUCCCAUAACCCCACCCCAUUCUCCCGCUUUCCAUCACCCCGCCACAUUUUCCCACUUUCCAUCACCCCGCCCCCUUCUCUCUCCUUCCCCCGCCCCAUUCUCCCGCUUUCCAUUACCCCGCCCCUUUCUCCCGCUUUCCAUCUCCCUGCCCCAUUCUCCCGCUUUCCAUCUCCCCGCCCCUUUCUCCUGCUUUCCAUCACCCAGCCCCAUUCUCCCGCUUUCCAUCAACCCGCCCCAUUCUCCCGCUUUCCAUCACCCAGCCCCAUUCUCCCGCUUUCCAUCACCCCGCCCCAUUUUCUUGCUUUCCAUCACCUCGCCCCGUUCUCCCGCUUUCCAUCACCCUGCCCCAAUCUCCCGCUUUCCAUCACCCCACCCCAUUCUCCCUCCAUCCAUCACCCCGCCCCAUUCUCCCGCUUUCCAUCAACCCGCCCCAUUCUCCCGCCUUCCAUCACCCAGCCUCAUUCUCCCGCUUUCCAUCACCCCGCCCCAUUCUCCCGCUUUCCAUCACCCCGCCCCAUUCUCCCACUUUCCAUCACCCCGCCCCAUUCUCCCUCCUUCCAUCACCCCGCCCCAUUCUCCGGCAUUCCAUCACCCCGUCCCAUUCUCCCUCCUUCCAUCACCCCGCCCCAUUCUCCCUCCUACCAUCACCCCGCCCCAUUCUCCCGCUUUCCAUCAGCCCGCCCCAUUCUCCCGCUUCCCAUAACCCCACCCCCUUCUCCCGCUUUCCAUCACCCCGCCACAUUCUCCCGCUUUCUAUCGCCCCGCCCUAUUCUCCCUCCUUCCAUCACCCCGCCCCAUUCUCCCGCUUUCCAUCACCCCGCCCCAUUCUCCCGCUUUCCAUCAUCCCGCCCCAUUCUCCCUCCUUCCAUCACCCCGCCCAAUUCUCCCGCUUUCCAUCACUCCGCCCCAUUCUCCCUCCUUCCAUCACCCCGCCCCAUUCUCCCCCCUUCCAUCACCCCGCCCCAUUCUCCCGCUUCCCAUAACCCCACCCUAUUCUCCCGCUUUCCAUCACCCCGCCACAUUCUCCCACUUUCCAUCACCCCGCCCCCUUCUCUCUCCUUCCAUCACCCCGCCCCAUUCUCCCGCUUUCCAUUAGCCCGCCCCAUUCUCCCGCUUUCCAUCACCCCUCCCAUUUCUCCCACUUUCCAACUCCCCGCCCCAUUCUCCCGCUUUCCAUCACCCCGACCCAUUCUCCCGCUUUCCAUCACCCCGGCCCAUUCUUCCGCUUCCCAUCAUCCCGCCCCAUUCCCCCGCUUUCCAUCACCCCUCCCCAUUCUCCCUCCUUCCAUCACCCCGCUCCAUUCUCUCGCUUUCCAUCACCCCGCCCCAUUCUCCCGCUUUCCAUCACCCCGCCCCAUUCUCCCGCUUUCCAUCACCCCAGCCCAUUCUUCCUCCUUCCAUCACCCCGCCCCAUUCUCCCGCUUUCCAUCACCCCGCCCCAUUCUCCCUCCUUCCAUCACCCCGCCCCAUUCUCCCUCAUUCCAUCACCCCGCCCCAUUCUCCCGCUUUCCAGCACCCCGCCCUAUUCUCCCGCUUCCCAUAACCCCGCCCCAUUCUCCCGCUUUCCAUCACCCCUCCCCAUUCUCCCUCCUUCCAUCACCCCGCCCCAUUCUCUCGCUUUCCAUCACCCCGCCCCAUUCUCCCGCUUUCCAUCACCCCGCCCCGUUCUCCCGCUUUCCAUCACUCCGCCCCAUUAUACCUCCUUCCAUCACCCCGCCCCAUUCUCCCUCCUUCCAUCACCCCGCCCCAUUCUCCCGCUUUCCAUCACCCCGCUCCAUUCUCCCGCUUUCCAUCACCCCGCCCAAUUCUCCCUCUUUCCAUCACCCCUCAACAUUCUCCCUCUUUCCAUCACCCCGCCCCCUUCUCCCGCUUUCUAUCACCCCGCCCCAUUCGCCCUCUUUCCAUCACCGCGCCCUCCUCACUCUCCCUCUUUACAUCACCCCGCCCCAUUCUCCCGCUUUCACCCCGCCUCAUUCUCCCUCUUUCAAUCAACCCGCCCCAUUCUCCCUCUUUCCAUCACCCCGCCCCGUUCUCCCGCUUUCCAUCACCCCGCCCCAUUUUCCCUCUUUCCAUCACCCCGCCCCAUUCUCCCGCUUUCCAUCACCCCGCCCCAUUCUCCCGCUUUCCAUCACCCCGCACCAUUCUUCCGCUUUCCAUCACCCCUCAACAUUCUCCCGCUUUCCAUCACCCCGCCCAAUUUUCCCUCUUUCCAUCACCCCGCCCCAUUCUCCCUCUUUCCAUCACCCCGCCCCAUUCUCCCCCAAUCCAUCACCCCGCCCCAUUUUCACUCUUUCCAUCACCCCGUCCCAUUCUCCCGCUUUCCAUCACCCCGCCCCAUUCUCCCGCUUUCCAUCACCCCGCUCCAUUCUCCCACCUUCCAUCACCCCGCCCAAUUCUCCCGCUUUCCAUCACUCCGCCCCAUUCUCCCUCCUUCCAUCACCCCGCCCCAUUCUCCCCCCUUCCAUCACCCCGCCCCAUUCUCCCGCUUCCCAUAACCCCACCCUAUUCUCCCGCUUUCCAUCACCCCGCCACAUUCUCCCACUUUCCAUCACCCCGCCCCCUUCUCUCUCCUUCCAUCACCCCGCCCCAUUCUCCCGCUUUCCAUUAGCCCGCCCCAUUCUCCCGCUUUCCAUCACCCCUCCCAUUUCUCCCACUUUCCAACUCCCCGCCCCAUUCUCCCGCUUUCCAUCACCCCGACCCAUUCUCCCGCUUUCCAUCACCCCGGCCCAUUCUUCCGCUUCCCAUCAUCCCGCCCCAUUCCCCCGCUUUCCAUCACCCCUCCCCAUUCUCCCUCCUUCCAUCACCCCGCUCCAUUCUCUCGCUUUCCAUCACCCCGCCCCAUUCUCCCGCUUUCCAUCACCCCGCCCCAUUCUCCCGCUUUCCAUCACCCCAGCCCAUUCUUCCUCCUUCCAUCACCCCGCCCCAUUCUCCCGCUUUCCAUCACCCCGCCCCAUUCUCCCUCCUUCCAUCACCCCGCCCCAUUCUCCCUCAUUCCAUCACCCCGCCCCAUUCUCCCGCUUUCCAGCACCCCGCCCUAUUCUCCCGCUUCCCAUAACCCCGCCCCAUUCUCCCGCUUUCCAUCACCCCUCCCCAUUCUCCCUCCUUCCAUCACCCCGCCCCAUUCUCUCGCUUUCCAUCACCCCGCCCCAUUCUCCCGCUUUCCAUCACCCCGCCCCGUUCUCCCGCUUUCCAUCACUCCGCCCCAUUAUACCUCCUUCCAUCACCCCGCCCCAUUCUCCCUCCUUCCAUCACCCCGCCCCAUUCUCCCGCUUUCCAUCACCCCGCUCCAUUCUCCCGCUUUCCAUCACCCCGCCCAAUUCUCCCUCUUUCCAUCACCCCUCAACAUUCUCCCUCUUUCCAUCACCCCGCCCCCUUCUCCCGCUUUCUAUCACCCCGCCCCAUUCGCCCUCUUUCCAUCACCGCGCCCUGUUCUCCGGCUUUCAAUCACCCCGCCCCAUUCUCCCGCUUUCCAUCACCCCGCCCCAUUCUCCAUCCUUCCAUCACCCCGCCCCAUUCUCCCUCUUUCCAUCACCCCGCCCCAUUCUCCCGCCUUCGCUCACCCAGCCUCACUCUCCCUCUUUACAUCACCCCGCCCCAUUCUCCCGCUUUCACCCCGCCUCAUUCUCCCUCUUUCCAUCAACCCGCCCCAUUCUCCCUCUUUCCAUCACCCCGCCCCGUUCUCCCGCUUUCCAUCACCCCGCCCCAUUUUCCCUCUUUCCAUCACCCCGCCCCAUUCUCCCGCUUUCCAUCACCCCGCCCCAUUCUCCCGCUUUCCAUCACCCCGCACCAUUCUUCCGCUUUCCAUCACCCCUCAACAUUCUCCCGCUUUCCAUCACCCCGCCCAAUUUUCCCUCUUUCCAUCACCCCGCCCCAUUCUCCCUCUUUCCAUCACCCCGCCCCAUUCUCCCCCAAUCCAUCACCCCGCCCCAUUUUCACUCUUUCCAUCACCCCGUCCCAUUCUCCCGCUUUCCAUCACCCCGCCCCAUUCUCCCGCUUUCCAUCACCCCGCUCCAUUCUCCCACUUUCCAACACCCCGCCCUAUUCUCCCUCUUUCCAUCACCCCUCCCCAUUCUCCCUCUUUCCAUCAUCCAGCCCCAUUCUGUUAUAGUCACAGGUUGCACCAACACAUUCUCCCGCUUUCCAUCACCCCGCCUCAUUCUCCCUCUUUCCAUCACCGCGCCCCAUUCUUCCUCUUUCCAUCACCCCGCCCCAUUCUCUCGCUUUCCAUCACCCCGCCCCAUUCUCCCGCUUUCCAUCACACCGCCCCAUUCUCCCGCUUUCCAUCACCCCGCUCCAUUCUCCCGCUUUCCAUCACCCCGCCCAAUUCUCCUUCUUUCCAUCACCCCUCUCCAUUCUCCCUCUUUCCAUCACCUCGCUCCAUUCUCCCUCUUUCCAUCACCCCUCCCCAUUCUCCCUGUUUCCAUCACCCCGCCCCAUUCUCCCUCUUUCCAUCACCUCGCCCCAUCCUCCCUCUUUCCAUCACCCCGCACCAUUCUCCUGCUUUCCAUCACCCCGUCCCAUUCUCCAGCUUUUCAUCACCCCGCCCAAUUUUCCCUCUUUGCAUCACCCCGACCCAUUCUCCCUCUUUCCAUCACCCCGCCGCAUUAUCCCCCAAUCCAUCACCCCUCCCCAUUUUCACUCUUUCCAUCACCCCGUCCCAUUCUCCCGCUUUCCAUCACUCCGCCCCAUUCUCCCUCUUUCCAUCACCCCGCCCCAUUCUCCCCCAAUCUAUCACCCCGCCCCAUUUUCACUCUUUCCAUCACCGCGUCCCGUUCUCCCGCUUUCCAUCACCCCGCCCCAUUCUCCCGCUUUGCAUCACCCCGCUCCAUUCUCCCGCUUUCCAACACCUCACCCAAUUCUCCCUCUUUCCAUCACCCCUCCCCAUUCUCCCUCUUUCCAUCACCCGCCCCAUUCUCCCGCUUUCCAUCAGCCCGCCCCAUUCUCCCUCUUUUCAUCACCGCGCCCCAUUCUCCCUCUUUCCAUCACCCCGUCCCAUUCUCUCGCUUUCCAUCACCCCGCCCAAUUCUCCCUCUAUCCAUCACCCCGCCCCAUUCUCCCUCUUUCCAUCACCUCGCCCCAUCCUCCCGCUUUCCAUCACCCUGCACCAUUCUCCCUCUUUCCAUCACCCCGCCCCAUUCUCCUGCUUGCCAUCACCACGUCCCAUUCUCCCGCUUUCCAUCACCCCGCUCCAUUCUCCCGCUUUCCAUCACCCCGCCCAAUUUUCCCUCUUUCCAUCACCCCGACCCAUUCUCCCUCUUUCCAUCACCCCGCCCCAUUCUCCCCCAAUCCAUCACCCCGCCCCAUUUUCACUCUUUCCAUCACCCCGUCGCAUUGUCCCGCUGUCCAUCACCCCGCCCUAUUCUCCCACUUUCCAUCACCCCGUCCCAUUUUCCCGCUUUCCAUCACCCCGCCCCAUUCUCCUGCUUUCCAUCACCCAGCUCCAUUCUCCCGCUUUCCAUCACCCCGCCGAAUUCUCCCUCUUUCCAUCACCCCUCCCCAUUCUCCCUCUUUCCAUCACCCCGCCCCAUUCUCCCGCUUUCCAUCACCCCGCCCCAUUCUCCUUCUUUCCAUCACCCCCCCCCAUUCUCCCGUUUUCUAUCACCCCGCCCCAUUCUCCCUCUUUCCAUCACCCCGCCCCAUUCUCCCGCUUUCCAUCACCCCGCCCCAUUCUCCCUCUUUCCAUCACCCCGCCCUAUUCUCCCGCUUUCCAUCACCCCGCCCCAUUCUCCCUCUUUCCAUCACCCCGCCCCAUUCUCCCUCUUUCCAUCGCCCCGCCCCAUUCUCCCGCUGUCCAUCACCCCGCCCCACUCUCCAUCUUUCCAUCACCCCACCCCGUUCUCCCGCCUUCCAUCACCCCGCCCCAUUCUCCAUCCUUCCAUCACCCCGCCCCAUUCUCCAGCCUUCCAUCACCCAGCCCCAUUCUCCCGCUUUCCAUCACCCCGCCCCAUUCUCCCUCUUUCCAUCACCUCGCCCCAUCCUCCCUUUUUCCAUCACCCCACACCAUUCUCCCGCUUUCCAUCACUCCGCCCAAUUCUCCCUCCUUCUAUCACCCCUCCCCAUUCUCCCUCUUUCCAUCACCCCGCCCCAUUCUCCCGCUUUCCAUCACCCUGCCCCAUUCUCCCUCUUUCCAUCACCCCGCCCUAUUCUCCCGCUUUCCAUCACCCCGCCCCAUUCUCCCUCUUUCCAUCACCCCGCCCCAUUCUCCCUCUUUCCAUCGCCCCGCCCCAUUCUCCCGCUGUCCAUCACCCCGCCCCACUCUCCAUCUUUCCAUCACCCCGCCCCGUUCUCCCGCCUUCCAUCACCCCGCCCCAUUCUCCAUCCUUCCAUCACCCCGCCCCAUUCUCCAGCCUUCCAUCACCCAGCCCCAUUCUCCCGCUUUCCAUCACCCCGCCCCAUUCUCCCUCUUUCCAUCACCCCGCCCCAUCCUCCCUUUUUCCAUCACCCCACACCAUUCUCCCGCUUUCCAUCACUCCGCCCAAUUCUCCCUCCUUCUAUCACCCAUCCCCAUUCUCCCUCUUUCCAUCACCCCGCCCCAUUCUCCCUCUUUCCAUCACCCCGCCCCAUUCUCCCUCUUUCCAUCACCCUUCCCCUUUCUCCCUCUUUCCAUCACCCCGCCACAUUCUCCCUCUUUCCAUCACCCUGCCAUAUUCUCCCUGUUUCCAUCACCCUGCCCUAUUCUCCCUGUUUCCAUCACCCCGCCCCAUUCUCCCGCUUUCCAUCACCCUGCCCCAUUCUCCCUCUAUCCAUCACCCCGCCCCAUUUUCCCGCUUUCCUUCGCCCCGUCCCAUUUUCCCGCUUUCCAUCACCCCCCCUCAUUCCCUUUCUUUCCAUCACCUCGCCCCAUUCUCCCGCUUUCCAUCACCCCGCCCCAUUCUCCCGCUUUCCAUCGCUCCGCCCCGUUAA